GUCAAAGCCAAAUCAUCUGGCAUCUACUUUGUAAUUCCACGUAAUUUAAUAAUAUUAGAAUUUUUUAAACUAAAACUCAGUGCACUAUCUUAAAUUUGCAAAGAAUAACUAUUCACUAUGAUAAGUGUACUAAAUACAGUGGACACGGGUCACGAGGAUAUGAUUCAUGAUGCAGAAUUAGAUUAUUACGGUCUUCGACUUGCUACUUGUUCAUCGGAUAACUCGGUUAAAAUAUUCGAUAUUAAGAAUGGAACGCAAACCCUCGCAGCCGAUUUAAAAGGCCACUUUGGACCCGUAUGGCAAGUCGCAUGGGCCCAUCCUAAGUACGGGAAUUUACUAGCUUCAUGCUCAUAUGAUAGAAAGGUUAUAAUAUGGAAAGAGGCGGGAGAAUGGACCAAAUUGUAUGAGUACACCGGUCACGAAAGUUCAGUCAACUCCGUUGCAUGGGCACCUGCAGAAUACGGCCUCAUACUAGCAUGUAGCAGUUCCGAUGGUUCAAUAUCUAUAAUAACAUAUAAUCAAGAUGCUGGUACCUGGGAUGUCAGAAAAAUAUCUGGUGCACAUGCCAUUGGCGUAAACUCGAUAAGUUGGUGUCCAGCAAUAUCUGCUGAUAUGAAUUUGGAUCCUUUAACUAAUAAAGAUGCCCCUAAAAGAAUAGUAUCUGGAGGCUGUGAUAAUUUGAUCAAGAUUUGGAGAGAACAAGGUGAUCAGUGGGUAGAAGUGAACAGAUUAGAGAUGCAUAUGGACUGGGUUAGAGAUGUUGCAUGGGCCCACUCUUUUGGGUUACAAAAAUCAAUGAUUGCCAGUUGUUCACAAGAUAAGAGAGUUGUCAUAUGGUCAAGUGAUGACAAUGUAUCUUGGAGCCCUACAAUAUUAAAUACAUUUGAUGAUGUUGUGUGGAGUGUGAGUUGGUCACUUACUGGAAAUAUCCUAGCAGUUUCUGGUGGAGACAAUAAGGUUAGCUUGUGGAGGGAGAAUGCCGAGGGUCAGUGGCAGUGCAUUAGUGAAGUAGCUAAAGGUCUUGGUCAAACACCCAAUGAUGAAAGAAGCACUAUAUGAAUUAAUUUGUUAUGAAAAAUAUUGCUUUGUAUUAAAUGUUCAUUUAUUGAUAAUUAAUAUAUAUAUUAUUCCAUUUAA